ACGGUUGAUCAUUGGAUUUUGUACAGUCGCUGUUGAACGAAUACGGUAAAUAUCAGUAGCGAGAGAGCCAGCCAAACGGAAUGGAGGAAGAGCGUUCUUCACACACAGGUCAAAUUCAAAGGUAGAGAGAUAGAGGGAGAGGCGAGACGUCCCUCCGUUUCUUUAAUUUUUUUUUAUUGCAAAAUAAAAGAUUUGCUAGAUCUCUAUUCUGAUAUCUCUGAGCAUCGAUGGGUUUUUGGGAAGCUUUUCUCAAUUGGCUUCGCAGGCAAUGGCUGUGGUGAGAUUUUGUGAUUGCAUCCGGUACUUGAGAUGCUUACAUAACCAGACAGAUGCUUGCCUUGAUUAAGAAUUUCAUGCAGAGCCUCUUUUUCAAGCAGGAGAUGGAGCUGUCUUUGAUUGGACUUCAGAAUGCUGGAAAGACUUCUCUUGUAAAUGUUGUUGCAACUGGUGGAUAUAGUGAAGAUAUGAUUCCUACGGUAGGAUUCAACAUGAAAAAAGUAACAAAGGGGAAUGUCACAAUAAAGUUAUGGGAUCUUGGGGGUCAACCUAGAUUCCGCAGUAUGUGGGAGCGGUAUUGUCGUGCAGUUUCUGCCAUUGUUUAUGUGGUUGAUGCUGCUGAUCCUGAUAAUCUGAGCAUCUCAAAAAGCGAACUUCAUGAUUUGUUAAGCAAACCAUCAUUGAUUGGGAUCCCAUUGUUGGUGCUAGGGAACAAGAUUGACAAACCAGGAGCUCUGUCAAAGCAGGCUUUGACUGAUGCAAUGGAUUUGAAGUCGAUUACUGAUAGAGAAGUUUGCUGCUUCAUGAUCUCUUGCAAGAACUCAACCAACAUAGAUUCUGUUAUUGAUUGGCUUGUAAAGCACUCAAAGUCGAAGAGCUAAGUUGUUUUGUGUGUUGUAAUUUAAUGGCCCAUGUGAUGGCCAUUGAUUCUGAGUUUUGCUCAUCUAACUUCCUAUCGCUAUUGUUUAAUUAGUCUUCCUUUCUUCUGAGCUGUUUUGUACUGUAUAUUAGAUGAUACUCUUUCUAUUCAAGCAUGCCUGGGUAUUCAUGUCUUC